UACUGAGUGAUGGAGACGCUGGCUUGCGGUCGGUCGCUGCCAUUUUGACCGGGCUCGCGGAACGCGCAGAGGUUUCCAAGAUGGCGAAGAAAACGUCGCUCGAUAAACCUCCACAAAAUGAAGACGGGACGAAGAACAACGAUGCCGCGGUCAACGAGGACGAGGAGCCGGAUUUCAGCGAUUCCGAGGGAUUCGUUGACGACAUCCCUGACGAAGAGUUGUUGUCGGAUUUGAUGUCGCAAAAGCCAUCGGAGGCGGAUGGAGUUGAAGCAGUGAUUGUUGUCGACGGUGUGCCACAGGUUGAGCCGCAGCGUCUUGAGAAACUGCAGGCAGUUAUUAACAAGGUUUUUGGGAAGUUCGGGACGAUUGUCAAUAAAUACUAUCCCACUAAUGAGAACAACAUUACCAAGGGGUACAUAUUUCUGGAGUACAACAAUCCACAGUCUGCCCUUGCUGCCAUUAAGUCAGCUAACAACUAUAAGCUCGACAAGCAGCAUACGUUUAAAGUUAACCUGUUCACCGACUUCAAGAAGUUUGAGGACAUCCCGAAAGACUGGGAGCCUCCUAAGCCACAACCGUACAAAGCUGCAGGAGAUCUACACUAUUAUCUUCUCGAGCCCGAUGCGUACGAUCAAUUUUGUGUGCUUAGUGGAAACGGAGCUACCGUUUCCGUGCAAAUCUGGCAAAAUUCUGCACCUGAGCCAACUCUGCUCGAGGAGCGAGCGAGGUGGACCGAGACUUAUGUGAAGUGGUCCCCAUUAGGAACGUACCUUUCCACUUUCCAUAAGCUUGGUGUAGCUCUUUGGGGUGGACCAAACUUUACUCAACAAGCUCGAUUUGGUCAGCGAGGUGUCGAGUGUAUCGACUAUUCCCCGUGUGAACGUUAUCUUGUUACGUACACUCCACGUCCUGAUGGCACUGCAGAUCAGAAACGUCUUAUCAUCUGGGAUAUUCUCACUGGUCAGGAGAAGAGAUCUUUCUAUCCAGAUGGAUCUUCCGUCUGGCCCAUCUUCCGAUGGUCCCAUGACGACAAAUAUCUGGCUCGUAUGGGCGAAGAUAUCCUCAGCAUAUACGAAACACCAUCGUUUGGUUUGCUAGAGAAGAAGAGUAUCAAGAUCCCUGGAAUCAGAGACUUCAGCUGGUCUCCAACGGAUAACAUUCUCGCCUACUGGGUUCCUGAAGACAAAGAUGUCCCUGCGAGAGUGACGCUACAAGAAAUUCCAAAUCGUAACGAGAUUCGUAACAAGAAUCUGUUUAAUGUAGCCGAUUGCAAGAUCUUCUGGCAGAAGUCCGGUGAUUAUCUUUGCGUGAAGGUUGACCGAUUCGCCAAGCGGAAGGAGAAGACCGAGCAGAAGUACACGGUACUGAAAUUAUCCAUUGUCCUAAAAAUCUGUAAUAUAAUUUUAAGUAUUUUUCCACGAGAAUGUCAAAUCUUUCAGGGAAUAUCGUACAAUUUCGAAAUCUUCCACAUGCGCGAGAAACAAAUCCCCGUCGACAGUGUGGAGAUGAAGGAGCCGAUUCAUGCGUUCGCAUGGGAACCUGUCGGUUCAAAGUUUGCCAUAAUCCAUGGAGAGAUUCCCAGUGUGAACGUCAGCUUCUACGAAGUCAGAUUUGGUCAUCAGCCUACUCUCCUAAAGAAGUUGGAGAAGAAAGCUUGCAAUCAUCUGUUCUGGUCCCCAUCUGGACAAUUUAUCGUCCUUGCUGGCCUGACGACAAUGGCUGGAGCUUUGGAGUUCAUCGACACGAAUGACUUCACCAUCAUGAACUCAACGGAUCAUUAUCAGACUUCCGAUGUCGAAUGGGAUCCCACCGGAAGGUACGUCAUUACUGCUGUGUCGAGCUGGAAGACCAGUGUAGACAACGGUUACUGGAUCUGGACAUUCCAAGGGCGUAUCCUGAAGAGGGUUAACCUAACUGGUUUCAAUCAAUUGUUGUGGCGACCGAGGCCACCAACCUUGUUGACAGCGGAGCAAAUCAAGGAGAUCAAGAAGAACCUGAAGAAGUACUCGGCGCAGUUUGAGAGCAAGGAUCGCAUGCGUCUUACGAGAGCUUCCAAGGAACUCAUCGAGAAACGCUGCACCCUGAUGAAGUCCUUCGAGGAGUACAGACAGAGGCGUGCCGAGGAAUGGAACAGCCAGAAGCAGCAGCGACUUCAAUUGCGAUGCAGCAUCGACACCGAUGAGCUGGACUCCGACACAAAGAACAUGGAGGAGGAGGUCGUUGAAUUUUUCGUCAAAGAAGAGAACUUCGUCAUCGACGACAAGUAGACCGGCGAGAGGGAAAGGGUUUUUUUUCUUCGCCUGCCGGAUUUGGAAACCUCUGGUGCGCGGAAGGAGGUCGAAGGAGCCAGGAGACGCAGUUCGGAAGACGCCGGAACGGAGUCGAAACUAUGACCGGCAAACGAGGCUGCGGAUUAAUUGUAACCAUAAUUGCAACGCAUAAUCGACGCCUCGCGGCGCGCCUGAAGCCGAUCGGUCGGACGCCCCGCGGGAGGCGUCGCAAUCGUAGUACCGUCAAAUUCUAUCACGUCCCCUACAGAAUAGUGGUCGCCGCGAUCGUUCGCGGGAGUAUUACUUGUAUCUAUUUUAUCCCACAGAGUCCCCCCUCUUAUUUAUCCCAUUGGUUUCGGAAUAAAUUUACCAUGCGAGAGA